UCUUCCCGUAUGUACAUUCCCGCAGAGUUUCGAUGAAAUCAAAAUUUUCGAGCCGGACUACAUGAGUCCCUUGUAAGUACUGAUCCCUUCGAUGUCGAUUAUCUUUUAUUGUUCCAAGAGAAUAAGUAGAUAGAAUCUUAUCCCCGACCUCGGAGCUCGGAGCAAUUUUUGCAUCUUCCCCUUUGUAGAUUUGAGACCUCACUCGAUUGGGAGAAAAGAAAAAAAAAGAAAACACCGAUUGUAGAUUGUAGAGCGUCGGUUGCAGCUGUGCCUCAAGCGAUUACAGAGUUGCAUGUUGAGGAAAAUGCAACUCGCUACUCAUGAAUAUGUGAUACUUCGCGUAUUCGCAGAGUACUACAACUUAUCGCGCACGUUACCUGACGACUUCGUAGCGCCGCGCUAUUAAAUUGAUUUCCUUUUGAUACUGUCUCAAGAGAAUACGCAAUGAGUCCUUUUAAGCGUAAAUAUUCGACGAGAUAUGUGUUUGUUUCGCAGUGUCCCUUUGAUGGCCUGAGAAAAAAUGUCUUUCUAUGACAAUCGCUACUAUUAUGUCAGCAAACGACUUUUGUCCAUCAUCGGCCAAUGGCCGUAUCAAUCGCGUCUGGAGAGUAAUACGAUGCUCGGCAUCACGCUAUUCUUCACUGGCAGUUUGACAUUCUUGGAGGGGUGGGGUCUGGUAAGCGGCAUGACAGAUCUGAGCAUCAUCAUGGAGAACGCGUCGCCGUUGCUGGUGAACAGCUUCAUCUUCGUGAAACUGAUCAAUUAUUUCUUCAAUAAGUAUAAAAUGAAAGAACUUCUGGAUCACGUCGAGGAGACCUGGCAGAUGAUCCAAGUGGGUCCACGUAAUGAAAUAUUGCGGAGCUACGCGGAACAAACUAAAGUCUAUACGAUAAGAUAUACGUUGGCUUUGUACGCGGUGUGGAUCUUGUACUCGACGACGCCGCUCAUCGUCAGCUGGACGUACAAGCUUCUGCCGAUUAACGCGACCUACACGGCCAGAUUUCUCUAUCGUUUGGAACAUGUUUGUGACGUGGACAAGUACUUCAAUCUGCUGAUGCUGCAUGGCUUCAUCAGCGUGUUCUACAUAGUAUCAGUGCCGAUCGCGGUCGACACGAUGUUUGUACUUUGCAUCCAGCAUGUCUGCGCGUUGUUCGAGAUCAUAAAGUACGACAUGGAGCACAUACAAGGUUCGGAUUUCGUGACGCUUGAGCCGGAUAUUGCGGACGACAUCGAGUAUCAUAAAAUAAUCGAGUGCAUUAAAUUGCACGAGCAAGCGUUCAAAUUUUCCGAAUUGCUCUCAUUCGCUUACGCAACGUCCUACCUUUUUCUAUUAGGAAAUGUGAUCAUAUGCCUCAGUUUCAGCUUGGCUGAGUUGAUCAUGGUGGAUGUUCAGUUUGACGAAAUUGUCAGAAUUUCCGCCGCUAGUAUAGCACAAUUGUUACACAUAUAUUAUCUGAGUUGGAUGUGUCAGCGAUUGCUCGAUCACAGUGGCGGACUUCAUAAAGUAAUUUACAGUUGCAACUGGUAUACGAUUUCAAUGAGAUCUAGACAACUGUUAAAAUUCAUGUUAAUGCGUGCCAUUAAACCGUGCCAAAUAAAAGCUGGAAAGAUAUACGUAAUGUCGACGGAGAAUUUCAGCUCGAUUUUGCAAGUAUCUGUAUCUUAUUUCACUAUGCUCACGUCACUGCAAUAAUUUUGUAUGACUCAAUAAAAUUAUACAACCUGUUCAACAGGAGAACGGAUUAACGUGUACGGCUUAAUUAUAUUUGCUGCUAACCUUUUUCAAUUUUAUUAUUCGUAAUCUCCAUCCAGUCAUUCAGAAUAAUUUUGUCUCUCGUUGCUUAUGACAAAUUCAUCUCACUUGUGUUUAAACGCACUCAAAAGAGAAGGAGAAUUUAGAAUUUAGAAUUCUUAUUCUCAUUCCCUCUGAUUCUUCGUGAUAUUUCCCCGCUUGAGACUUUACGAAUAUCGACGAAACGCGCGUCACAAAUAUUUCACUUCCCUAAUCGCACGUCACUAUCGAUAAGUCACUUCCUUUGAUCGCACAGCGGCACAAAGGCAACAGACUGGCCACUCUAUGUACGAUUAAUC